AGCCUCUCGACCAAUCACAAGGCGCCAUGGAAGAAGGCGGUUGGCUAUGAGUCAGUGGAAACAGAAGGGGCGGCGCUUACUGACAGGCGUUCCCAGCUACCGAGUUCAGAGUAACGCUAACUGGCAGUGGAACAGUAGCCAUGUGUGGAAUCUUCGCCUAUCUCAACUACCAUGUGCCAAGGACUCGCCGUGAGAUCCUUGAGAUCCUUCUUAAAGGUCUGCGUCGUCUGGAGUACAGAGGCUAUGAUUCAGCAGGUGUUGGAAUUGACGGGGGCAACACCAAAGAGUGCGAGUCAAAUGCCAGACCUAUCCAGCUGAUCAAGCAGCGUGGAAAAGUGAAGGCUCUGGAUGAGGAGAUCCACAAACAGCAGGAUCUUGACCUGGAUAUGGAGUUUGAUGUCCACCUUGGAAUCGCUCACACCCGCUGGGCCACUCAUGGUGUACCCAGCCCAGUCAACAGUCAUCCACACAGAUCUGACAAAAACAACGAAUUUGUAGUCAUUCACAACGGAAUAAUCACCAACUACAAAGACCUGAAGAAAUUCCUGGAAAGCAAAGGCUAUGAGUUUGAGUCAGAGACUGAUACAGAGAGCAUUGCCAAGUUGGUUAAGUACAUGUACGACAACCGGGAGAGCGAUGACAUCAGUUUUGCUACACUGGUUGAACGUGUGACUCAGCAGCUCGAAGGAGCUUUUGCGCUGGUCUUCAAGAGUGUCCACUAUCCCGGCGAGGCAGUUGGUACAAGGAGAGGAGGUCCUCUGCUGAUUGGAGUGCGCAGUGAUCACAAGCUGUCCAGCGAUCAUAUUCCUGUGCUCUACCGCUCAUCUACUAAAGACAAGAAGGGCUGCAGCACCCUACCCAGGAUGGACCAGGACACCUGCUUGUUUCCAGUAGAUGAGAAAGCGGUGGAGUACUACUUUGCUUCUGAUGCGAGCGCAGUGAUAGAGCACACAAACCGGGUGAUCUUCCUUGAGGACGAUGAUGUAGCCGCCGUGAUGGAUGGCCGGCUGUCAAUCCACAGGAUAAAGCGCACAGCUGGAGACUACCCAGCUCGCGCUAUCCAGACCCUGCAGAUGGAACUGCAGCAGAUCAUGAAGGGCAACUACAGCUCCUUCAUGCAGAAGGAAAUCUUUGAGCAGCCAGAGUCUGUCGUUAACACCAUGAGAGGGAGAGUCAACUUUGACAACAACACAGUGACACUGGGUGGACUUAAGGACCACAUCAAAGAGAUUCAGCGGUGUCGCAGACUUAUCCUCAUUGCUUGUGGCACCAGCUACCAUGCCGGAGUAGCAACCCGCCAGGUGCUGGAGGAGCUCACAGAGCUGCCUGUCAUGGUGGAGCUGGCCAGCGACUUCCUGGACAGGAACACACCUGUUUUCCGUGAUGAUGUCUGCUUCUUCAUCAGCCAGUCAGGGGAGACUGCUGACAGCCUCAUGGCCCUGCGCUACUGUAAGGAGAGGGGGGCUCUUACUGUGGGCAUCACUAACACCGUGGGAAGCUCCAUCUCAAGGGAGACUGACUGUGGAGUCCACAUCAAUGCUGGGCCAGAGAUCGGAGUAGCAAGCACCAAGGCCUACACCAGUCAGUUUGUGGCCUUGAUCAUGUUUGCCCUCCUGAUGUGCGAUGACAGGAUUUCAGUGCAGCCCAGACGCCGUGAGAUAAUCCAGGGCCUAAGAGUGCUUCCAGAUCUGAUUAAGGAGGUCCUCAGUUUGGAUGAUGAAAUCCAGAAGCUGGCGACAGAGCUGUACCAGCAGAAGAGUGUACUGAUCAUGGGUAGAGGCUACCAUUAUGCUACCUGCCUGGAAGGAGCACUGAAAAUCAAGGAAAUCACGUACAUGCAUUCAGAGGGUAUCCUGGCAGGAGAGCUGAAACACGGUCCGCUGGCCCUGGUGGAUAAACUCAUGCCGGUGAUCAUGAUCAUCAUGAGAGACCACACUUACGUCAAGUGUCAGAAUGCCCUGCAGCAAGUUGUUGCUCGCCAGGGCCGUCCUAUUGUGAUCUGUGACAAAGACGAUUACGAGACCAUCAAAAACUCCAGUCGCACCAUCAAAGUGCCUCACUGUGUGGACUGCCUGCAGGGCAUCCUGAGUGUCAUCCCUCUGCAGCUGCUGUCCUUCCAUCUGGCUGUCCUCAGAGGCUACGAUGUGGAUUGUCCAAGAAACCUGGCCAAGUCUGUGACAGUAGAGUGAGCCACUGCAUUCAUCAUUAACAAAAGCUUGGCAGACACACAAUGAAGCCGAGACCCCAAAAAGGAGCGUCUGUAUGAAGAAACCGAAGGAAGACGAUGUCCUGUUAAUGUGUGUCGUGGCUCUUUUUAAUGCAGUCUUUCACUAAUCAGUUGUGUAUCUCAUUGUUGCAUAUUAUCACGUGGUUUCUUUUCUCAGAAACCUUUGGCAACAUUUGUCUUCUUUUUUUUCGGUUAGAAGUUGUAGCUGGUGGCAAGGAAUGGGAUGGCAAUGACAUAUCAUAUGCAUCACUUUUUGGGUAAACCUGUAGCAACUGUCAUUGACCAUUUAUGGGCAUGCCUUCCAUGUUUCUCUGUUGCUGACUGGUCUCUCUGGGAGCUGAUGUUAAAGCUGACAGUAGUUUAGGCUUUAAAGACCUCGCUGGCUCAUUUCUGCGUUUAGUGCGAUGAUUUGUAGUUUAGUUGGGAUAUUUUUUUUCCCUGGCAGAUAAUCUAUUAAAGUGUCUUUGCUCUACAGUUGAAGUAAACCACAGUCUUGAAUCAUUCCAAGCCGCAGGUCAUCACUUCUUCAUAAUUGCAGUGUGGUUUUGAUACACUUUCCCCGCUUGGAUUUUCUUCUGAGGAUGCACAGCAAGAAGUCUGAUCACAAAAAGUUUGUGAAUACUGUGAUAAAUCUUCUAAUGCUGUUGUAUAGAAGCCCAGGAAUUUGGUUUUCAAACUCUGGUUUGGUCUUCUCAGUUUAUGAGAGGCGAUUCGUUUAUGGAACCACCUACACCAGAGUCUGACACAUCGCUCUUUCACUCUUUCCUAUUUUCUCUACAUGCUGCUGUUACUGUAACUAUGUUACUGUGUGCAAUUUAGGGCUUCACUCUUAUGUAGACUGUUUGACUAAGGUUUUCGUCUAAAUAAUAAACUGAAAUCAUUCAUGUGAGAUAAAGUUACCAACCUGAAGUAGAAGUUGCCAGCCCACCCCCUGCCAUCGUGAUCACUGCAGUUGCAAUGUUGGGACCAUUUGUAGCUUCUUCUUUUUUUUAUGUGUAGGGGUUUGUUUGUUUUUUUUAUUCUUUUUUACAUUUGAUUGUACUUCUUUUGGAAGGAAUUUUAUAUUACUGAAGUUACUCUUUCAUUUAAAAAGUUAAUGUUACUGUCAUCUGAAAUGUCUUGUCAAACCAAAAAUCUCUCUGGUGGCUUUGGCAGUCGUAAACCAAAACUUUUUUUUUUUCUUCUGUCCACUGUUGGUUUUGUAUCCAAGCAUGAACUGAUACUGGUAUAUUGUAUGCUAUGAAGUUAUUCUGAGGCCCAAAGGGGACAUAUACACACAGUUCCACAGCAGUAUAUCAUACUGUAGAUGUUGACUUUGGUCAAAAGCCAAAAAGAAAAAUGCCAGGUCUGUGUCUGUGAUCCCAGUGUCUUUUAAUUCAGAAGCCAAGAACAAAGUGACAUUGCACACACCUAGUUAUGCAGUAGAAAAGAAAUAGGAGCAUGUUUUUUUUUUUAAGCCCACAUUCUUUAGGUUUGAAGAUAUUUAUCUUGCAUUUGCAAUCAAGCCUUAACUUUUACUUGAUUUUUUUUUUUUCUCCCUCUUGAGCCUCUUCUGAGCCAGUGAAAUGUUGUUACAGGUACUUUUAUAACCCACACUCAAAACAUUUUGAUUUACUGACUGGAUGUAUUGAUCAGGGAUGCUGCACUGGAUCCUAGCACCAUCUGUUGGGUUACUGAGGGCGUGGGGAUACUAUUUAUUAGUGGAACUGAUGCAAUAAAGUGUGAAGUACUUCUCUUUUAAA